CAGACAUCUAUAUCUAUAGCUAUACUGUCUCUAGAUAGAUAUAAAGUAUUUAAACAUACACAAGAACACUUUGAACAUUCCACUGAUACAUAAACCCCACUUGCCUCGUUUCCAACAGACCUCACAACCUCUGGGGAUGCCUGUCAUAGAUGUGGGUGAAACGUCAGGAGAGAAUGCUUCUGGAACAUGGCCAUACAGCCCGGAAAACUCACAUCGACACACACGACAGAUAGACAGACAUAUCUAGAUAGCUAGACCGAUAGAGAUAGGUAAUCAUAAACAGGGAAGGAGGGAGGUAAGGAAGGGUGUCCAGAGAAGUUCAAGUGCGACUUGGGUUUGGCGGAGGCUAGGGAACUACAUCUCCCAGAAUUCACCGAGGGGCCUCCUCCCUGCCGGCGCAUCCCAGUCCUCUCUCUGUCUGUGUCUCUUUUCCCCUCCCUUCCCGCCCGAGGGAGGCAGCAGGAGGAGGCGAAGGAGGGUCUCGCGUGGGAGAGGCGGCGGCGGCGCCUGGCAGCGCUUCUGGAGCGGCGGCUUUGGCGAAGGAGCCAGGAUGCGCCCAGGAUGCGGUGAGGAGGAUGCCAGUCCGGGGAAGGGACAGAUUGAAAAGAAAUGUACGUCCAAAGAAAUUUGUUUAAUUGGGUAGAGGCUGGAAGAGAAUCCUGGAAGGAAGAGUGACUGUAUGGAGCAUAGAAGAUUUCUUCUCAGUGCCUGAGUGAUGGUGAAGUUGUGAACAACCGUCUCUGCUGGAUCGUGGGCUUCUCAAUGGCAAGUUGUGGCUUCUUGGAGUGGUGCCCCCAUGGCACAUGUGGAUCUAGUGUACUUCACCAUGGAGAACAGUCAGACGGAUCGGGGCUACAGCGCAGACCCAAAUUUGCACUCUCCCCCAUAUUGGGGGCAACCCAAUGAAAGAGAGGGACAGACUCAGCCACCCGCUAUGGAGGCUGAAUAUUGUGAGGGGCACAGCAAAGCCACCAGGAGGGGUCCCCAAGAAGACAUGUUUGGUCCUUCUCAUUCCUUUGCCGGUGCAUCAUCACUAACCUCGCAAGUUGAGGUUGUCUGUCAUCCCAGCCUUCUACAAGAAAAUAUAGCAAAGGACCAAAAGAGAGCUUGCUGUUGCGAAUCAGAGACCUCCUUCACCUGCGUGGAUGAGAACGUCAACAAUCUAGACCACAAGAGAAGCCCAGCCCACCAGAGUUGCUGCCACAACCCAGAUCUUCAUCCUGAUCCUUGUGGAGAGAUGAGCCUUGAGUGGCCCUAUGACCCAGCCUCCUUGGCUUCCGAGGAAGAUGAUGAGGCCAGCUCGGAAGCUGCUGGUGGCAAGUCCAUUGAUUAUGGAUUUGUAAGUGCCAUCAUCUUCCUGGUUACUGGGAUUUUGUUGGUGAUCAUUUCCUAUGUGAUUCCCAGGGAUGUGACUGUGGACCCCAGCACAGUGGCAGCGAGGGAGAUGGAGCGGCUGGAGAAUGAGAGCGCCAGAAUUGGGGCUCACCUGGACAGGUGUGUGAUCGCAGGGCUCUGCCUCUUGACCCUGGGGGGUGUGGUGCUCUCCAGUUUACUCAUGAUGUCCAUGUGGAAAGGCGAACUCUACAGGAGUCACCGGUUCGCAGCUUCCAAAGAAUCGGCCAGACUGUAUGGCUCUUUCAAUUUCCGGGUCAAAUCCUCUCCGAAUGAUAACAUGGAGCUGUCGCUGGUUGAAGAGGAUACACUUGCCAUAGAUAGUUAGGUGGGCCUUGAUGCUCUGAGGUUGUGAUAGAAUGGGAGCUGGGGAAUUUUUCCUCCUGUUUGAUAAAGCAAGCUAAAUUUAAAAGAGCUCGUAAUGUCUGUAAGAAGCCUAUUUUCCUAGUACAUUGAAAUGGAAAAUGUGCAUUAUAUAGGGCAAAAAGACAAAAAAGAGAGAUAAUAUAAAAUUAAUCUAUAUUAUCAAGUUUGAAAUAAGAUCUCAGUAAGGGUUGCAUCAACAAUGUAGAAUUAAUGCAGUUUGACACCAUUUCAACUCCAUGACUCCAUGCUAUGAAAUCCUAGGCUUCAUAGUUUGGCAGGGCACCAGCAUUCUUUGAAAGAGAAGACUAAAGACCUUGUAAAGCUACAACUCCCAGGAUUCCAUAGCAUUGAACCAUAGCAGUCAAAUUGGUGUCAAACAGCAUUAGAUCUACAGUGUAGAUGCACCAUAACAGUGGCUCCCACAGAGCUCUUGGAAAACAUUCAGUAUGUACCAGUGAAACUGGUGUUGUUCACUAGUCAAUAUAUAUAUGUGGGCAUCUGGUUGGAUAGGCUCUUUGUUCAUCAGUGGGGAUAACUGAGAACUUGGAAAGUGACAUUUAAGAAAAAUAAACAUAAUGGUAUUCUGGAUCCUAGAGCACUAGCUCCAGGUAUGGAUGAGUGCCUUUUCCAUGUUACUAUAAUCUGUCUUCUUAAAAGUCACUUUCCGAAUUGGCAGUAGUUAAACCAGAGCACAGGAACAGUAAAAGGGUUACUGGCACCCUCGGGCUGCACUCAGUGGGGGGUUGAGACCUGCCACUUUAAUUUUCCACCAUACAGUUUUCAUGGUGAUAUGGGAGCUUUAUGGGAAAUCUAAAUCGUGGCUCCCCACUGGUAACUUCCAUUUUAAUUUUACACAACUCUUUGCAAUUUCACUGUCUUGGGGCACUGUAAGAAACUGGUAGCAGAGGCAGUGGAAUAGGAUGGGGACCAUAUUCAGUGAGAGACCUACUAGGCUGAAGUUGCUCUGGAAAGUACUGAAGGGUGAUGGAAGCUUCUAACACAGAUACAUUGCAUGUGAGAAUCAGUAAUCCCCAACUGAUGAUGGAGCAGUGCAGUGCAGUGCUUUCCAAUGGAAGUAAGGUGUCACAUUUACUGCAGGUUGCCUUGUAUGUAAUAAUCAAGGGCAAAGAUUUUCAGCGAAGUUGAUUAUUUAUUUAUUAUUUAUUCUAUUAAACUAUUUAUAUCCUGUCCCAUCUUCUUGGAUCUCAGGGUGGUGUAGAAGUACAAUCAAUUUAAACUGCUUAAAAUAACUCAACAUUUAAAGCAAUCAAACAGAAUGAGAAUCAGUGUGGUGCAAUAGCAUUCUAGAGACCAGGGUUUGAAUUCCUGCUAUGCCAGGGAACCCCACUGGGUGACUUUGGGCAAAUCACAUUCUCUUAGCCUCGGAGGAAGGCAAAGGCAAAUCCUGCCAAGAAAAACUUGUGACAGGUUCACGUGAAGGUUGUCAUAGGUCAGAGAUGACUUGAAGAUACACAACAACAAGAACAACAACAAAAAUCAUACUAAACAAAGAGUUUUAAACAAUUUAUUGGAAGGGUUUUGAACUAGGUAAUGCAAUUUCGGAGGGAAUUCAAUUAGCUCCAAAAGGUUUUAAUAAAAAAGCCAUCUUUUCACUUGGUGUUGAAAUGAAGUCAAAGUUGACUUCCAGUGGACCUCUAAAGGAAAGGUAUUCCACAAACUGGAUGCCAGCCCCAAGGAAGUCUAUGCAAACUUGUCCUCCAGAAGAAGCAUAAUACUGGUGCUGAUGUGUGAGACUGUUCUUUCUUGAGAGUGCCGUUCACAUAUAACAAAUGAUGAGCCUGGUUUUCCGCCUGACCCAAUAUUCUUAGAAUUGCAUCUUGUUCCUGAAGAGAACUUGUCUGCCUUCAAGUCAUUUCUGACUUUUGGCCACCCCACGGCAAAGCUACUGUAAAGUUUUCCUGGCAAGAUUUGUUCAAGAUUUGCCUUUGCCUUCCUCUGAGGCUGGGAGAGUGUGGUGUGCCUAAGGUCACCCCGUGGGUUUCCAUGGCCAAGGGGGAUUUGAACGCUGGUCUCCAGAAUCCUAAUCAAAUGCACACAUCUCUAUGUCAGUGGUUCUCAACCUGGGGUCCCCAGAUAUUUCUGGCCUUCACCUCCCAGAAAUCCUAACAGCUGGUAAACUGGCUGGAAUUUCUGGGAGUUGUAGGCCAAAAAUAUCUGGGGACUCCAGGUUGAGAACCACUGCUCUAUGUUAUGCUGGCACUGUCUCAAAAAGAUUAUUAUGGUCUGAUACUGGCCAUAUCCAGGCAGAGUUGUGCUAGCAUUCCUAUUGUAUAGUAAAUAUCCCCUAUGACAUUUCACAGGGAUCUAACUGAGACUUCAUUACUUGUCAUUUUCCAGCACUUCAUAUAAACAGUAAUACUCCGUCACUCUUUAAAAAACCCAAUGAAUUCUUUAAAAAUGGCAAAUUGUUAAACAGAUCAUGUGACAGUUUCUAAAGGAUGCCACUAACACCAGAAUCAAAUGUCAGGAUGAGCAUCUAAGAACUGUAAAUGUAGGAGUGUUUCUCUUAAAUUUGAGUGAGUUUUGUUGCUUCAUUUUUCCAAGAUGUAUUUUUUCUUUCUUUAUACAGUACAUUCAUUAAUCUGUGUUGAAUUUAGAACUCUUUUAAGGCAAACAAAAAAUGGAUUCAUUGAAUACAUUUAUAACCUACAUUUCCUUAAAGGUUUUGAGAAAUCAAGAACAUGAUAAAAGGGCUCUAGGACAGUUGGCUUGGGAAAUGAACACCACCACCUGAAGUAUUAUUCUUAGUUAAAUUUGGGGGAAGAAACAAUCUUUUUGGCUAUAAGAGCUACAUAUCCUGCCCGUAUGUCCCAAAUGCUCACUCCAUGAACGCAAGCCAUAGGGAUUGCAUAUUUGGAAGAAAGAAGUUUGAUGCUCUUAUUUAACCCUAGGAGAUAGGAGAAGAACCUAUCAAUCAUUCUGGGACACCUGAUGGAGAGCAGGCGCUACAAUGAGAGCCAAGUGUUCUUUCAGAUAGGGACAGGUAAAACAAGCCCUUUGUAACUUCUGUGGUCAGUGAAUGGAGCUGGGUUGCUAUUUCACUUUUUCCUAGCAUGUGUUGGAUAUAGCUUUCCAGUGGUCCUUAGUCCUCAUGUUCUAAUUUUGGUCUCAAAUCCAUGCACUUCCUUAGCCUCAAGAGUACUACACCGUGGCUGGAAUUCUCCAUUGCCACAAGUUGUAGAUAUCUGCUGGAAGUAGGGUUGCCAGAUUGAAAACUUGAAGAGGCUCUUUCAUCUUUCCCAAUUAUGUAGAAGACAGAAUUAUAGAAGGGGUUUCCUGUUAUCUGCUUGCAUGUCAAGCAACACUUAGGGCCCCAUCUACACUGCCAUGUAAAAUCCAGAUUAUGUGCUUUGAACUGGAUUAUAUGGCAGUGUAGACUCAUAUAAUACAGUUCAAAGCAGAUGACCUGGAUUUUGUAUGGCAGUGUAGAUGGUGCCUAGAAUGCCUUCUACAUAAGCAUGAAAGGCAUAGGUGCCAUUUCCAGUUUUUAGUCUGAAAACCCUACCAGAGUGACACAAAGCUUGAGGUAUAAAGUCCCAUAUGGAAUAGCAACAUUGCACACAACAUAGGAAUGGGCAUGUUCUGAUACCUAGAAUCAGAAUUGGUAGACACUACAAGGGUCAUUCUGUCCAGCCUUCAUGCAAAAACGCACAAUCAAAGCAGCUGUCAAAACUGCACAAUCCACCAUUAUGUGCAUACAUAUGCUCUGUGAUUCCACAUGCACAAUUCACUUGUGCCACUGUCACCUGAGCACAACUGUUGUGCAAUGUCAAAUAAUUCCAGAGCACAACAUAUGCCAGCCUGUCUGUUUCUUUACAAAUCAUUCUCUUGACAGCACCUCUUCGAGAUGCUGAACAUUGAGGUUUGGCAUUUCUCCAGAGCACAUGAGUCCCAGUUGCCCUGAGCAUACUUUUGAGAAGAUAACCCAGAGGUCGGAAGUGUUACUUUUUCUGGGACUACAAUCCCUCAAAUCUCUCAGAUAGAAUGGCCACUGGGAAAAUUGGGAAAUGUAGCCUUGAAAGGUAGCUUUUCUGAGCUCAGUCACUCAUGAACUGAGGUUUUAAGUUAUUUCUGAACACUAAAACCUCAGGCAAAGAAGGAAGACGUGCAGCUUUAUAGAGAACUUGCACUCGGUCAAACAUGCAUGACUGUGAAACAGCCAUUGCAUUGGGAACCCCAAAUGAAGUGCUACAUUAAAUACACAAUUGUGAAGCCAAAUUUCAUUUUACUCUUGUGGAAACCUGCAGGGGGUGAGGGAAAAAUAUUUUGAUGCAUUUGGAAGUUGUUUAUUCCUCAUAUGAAGGUGUGAGAAGAAUUUAAAGGGAAAUAUACUGAAGAUUGGGACUAUUUAAAAUUUUAUUACCUAUUCAUAGUGCAAAAAAGGAGUGAUACUCACCUACUUAUCUCAAGGGGCAUGUAAAGUAACCCUAAUUAUCCUUCAAAAUAUCCUGAGCAAAUGUUUUCAAGAUUUCUUGCUAUGCAAAUAGGUCUUAUCUUUCUGAUUAUUUUGCCUGUUGUAUAUGGAAGGUAGGAUCUAUAUACUCCCCCAGUUCUUUACUUCAUCCUAAACAUUUUGGUAGCAGGACUUGACAACAUCCAUUUCCUCACCAGAGUAACUCUAGAGAAUUAAUGCAGUUUGACAACACUUGAAUUGCCAUGGCUCAGUGUUAUAGAAUCCUGGAAGCUGUGGUUCAGCAAGGAAUCAACUUGUUGUUGAAGGCUUUCAUGGCCGGGAUCACAGGGUUGUUGUAUGUUUUUCGGGCUGUGUAGCCAUGUUCCAGAAGUAUUCUCUUCUGACGUUUCACCCACAUCUAUGGCAGGCAUCCUCAGAGGCUCUGAGGAUGCCUGCCAUAGAUGUGGGUGAAACGUCAGGAGAGAAUACUUCUGGAACAUGGCCACACAGCCCGAAAGACAUACAACAACCCCAAGGAAUCAACUCUUUGGCAGAAAAGGCCAAAGACCUUUUAAAGCCAACUCACAGGGCCCCAUAACACUAAGUUAUGGAAGUUAAAGUGGCUUCAGGCUGCAUUAAUUUUUCAGUGUAGAUGCAGCCAUAGAAUUCUGUACAAUUUGCCACCUGGUCUUUCCUUAACUCUUAUGUUCCAGAUUCCCAAUAGCUAAGAGUGUCAGGCUGGAGUGGAGUUUUAAUGCAUUUUAAUAUUUGAUGGUUUUAAUGAUGCUUAACUGCUUUUUAAUUUUUAUAUUUAUAUUUUAAUGCAUUUACAUUGUUUUACAUUUGCAUUGUUUAUAUUUAUUGUUAGCUGCCUUGAGUCCCUAUUUCAGGGGAAAGGUAGGAUCAAAAUAAAGUAAAUAAAAAUAAAAAUAAAAAGGAUGUAA